AUGGCACCUUCAGAGGAAUUUGUUUCUCAUGCAGCGGCUUCCCUGCCCGGGUUAGUCCCUGUCAUGAUCGUUGGCGGUGGACCGAGCGGCCUCUUGCAAGCACUGCUAUUGUCUCGUCUGGGAGUUCGGUCCUUGAUCAUAGAGCGUUAUCCCAAACGUCUGGCAGCACCCAAAGCUCACGCAAUUAAUCCGCGCUCGCUAGAGAUUCUACGCCAAUUCGGGCUGGGGGAGGCACGCGUUCGCGAGCUGGGAACGUCACGUAAAGAUGCUUAUUGGGUCAACUUCGUCACCAACCUCAGCGGCGAUGCUAUCGGGAGGUUGCCGUACGAACGCAUGGAUCUCGCUGUACUGGAUGACACUCCGGAGAUGAUCCACAAUAUUCCCCAACCAGUGCUAGAACAAGAGCUAGCGGACCAUGUUGCGCAAGACCCAAAUAUUGCGUUGUGGAAAGGCCUCAGUAUCCACGGUAUAGAGCAGACAGACGAUCAUGUUCUAGCUACCGUUCUGGAAUGCUCGACAGGGCGACUACACUCGGUUCGCUGUCGACAUCUUGUGGCAUGCGAUGGCCGUAAGAGCAGGGUCCGUGAACUCAUAGGGAUUCUUUCCGAAGGAGAGGAAUCCGACGAGACCAUGAUGACUAUACACUUCAAUGCUAAUCUACGAUCCGUCGUGGGUGAUCGCGCGGGCAUGCUAUUCUGGAUCAUGGACCCAAAUGCGGCAGGAUUCAUUAUUGGCUACGACCUCGACCGCACACAGGUUCACAUCAGUCAGGUAGAUACCACUAAGCAGCCUAUCGAGUCCUGGACAGACGAUCUAUGUCGGGCCAAGUUACAUGCUGCUAUUGGUCAGGAUAUUCCUUUUGAUAUCCUUAGUGUUCGACCAUGGGUGUUCAGGCGCCAGAUCGCGCAGACGUUCCAAAAAGGGAACGUUUUUCUUGUCGGCGAUGCUGCCCAUUCAUUCCCACCAACGGGAGGCCUGGGGUUGAACUGUGGAAUAGCAGAUGCCCAUAACUUGGCCUAUAAACUUGCUUUCGUUCAUCACAAUGUGGCUAAUACAUCUAUCCUCUCCACAUACACGGGUGAACGCAGAAGCGUGGCCGAUACCUAUUCGAGGCAAAGUGUCAAGAACGGCCAGCAGAUAUUCGCUCUUUUGCGCAGCCUCAACACAGCAGGGGUAGACGACCCUGACCAGGCACGCCGCAAUAUGAUGAUCGCCCUGGCGGACCCCGUGCAGAGAAAGAAAGUUGACGAGGGAAUUAAAGGGCAGAGAGAGCACUUUGACAACCUUGGGCUGCAUAUUGGUUACGUAUAUGGAGCUAUUGAGCCACCUCUUGAUGCCUCAUGCUACUCACCCAAGUUCAUCCCCGGGGCUCGCCUGCCACAUGAUUGGAUCUCGUUCCCCAGCCAGCUUUCGAAGGCGAGUCAAUCUGCACGCUCGUCACUGCCUUAUGCCCCAAUCGAUGUGUCAUAUGUGACCGAACUGGACGAGAAACAGGUUGAAGAACAUCGAUGGAGUACAUUAGAUCUUUGUGCACCCGAUGCCUUCACUUUUAUUCUGGGCACCAAGGAUAUUCAACUCCGUUCUGAUAUAGCGCAGAUCCAAAAGUACUGUGAAGCUAAGAAUCUUCAUUUGGAUAUCUGGCACCUCGGUACCGAUUUUGAGGUAAUAAGGCAGAAUUGGUUUUCGAUGAAGCUGAACGAGACAGGCGGAAUACUCGUUCGGCCCGAUCAACAUAUCAUGAUGGUGAUCAUCGACACUACGACAGGGAAGGAAGUGAUUUCAAAAAUUGACAGUCACCUUGGAUGA